CGACUUCACAGCAUUCGUUGACCGGUUGACCAAAAAUCUUUCUACAAAACCGAGUCUCCCCUUUCUUCCGCCAUUCUUGAUCUCUUCCUUUUUUAUCCACUGAUCGAUCAAUCCCGCCAAUACCAUGGAGCAGCCACGGGAAUUCUCCGGCGCCGGCGGUGACGGGUGGAGACCGCCGCAGCCGCCUCCUCGGCCGUCACGGUCGCCGAGGAGGGAGCUCCCGCUCCAGGGCCCCCGCCCGUCCCCACUCCAGGUCAGCAAACCGUCCCACAAGAUCAAGAAGCCGCUCCCGAGGCCACCGCAGCAGCUCCAUAAGGCGGCGGCCCUCCCGCCGCCGGAGCUCAUGCAGCCGGUGAUCAUCUACUCAGUCUCUCCGAAGGUCAUCCACGUGGAGGAAAGCAAGUUCAUGUCCACAGUCCAGCGCCUCACCGGGCCCUCCCCCGGUCCCGGAGCCAGCUCCGGAGCCGUCUCGCCCGCAGCGAGGCUGGCUUCUAUCGAGAGGGCCAGCCCGACGGAGAGGGAUCGAGGUGGCGGGGGGCUCAACUUAUCUGAUGAGGAUGUCAUGGAUAUCAUGGAUAUCUUGGAAGGGGUGGAGUUGGGUCAGAUUCCGGGGAUCUUGUCGCCGGCGCCGGGGACGCUUCCGCCGGUGCCCCCCAUGUUGUUCUCGCCGGCGCAGCCGCAGCAGAACAUGUCGUUUUUGCAAGAUUUGAGCCCGUUUUGGCAUAGCAGCCCUUCUUCUGCUUUCUUAUCAGCUCCCAUAAUCUUCUCCCCCUCUCCAUCUUCAGUAGAUCUCUUCAAUCUGUUGGAGUUUUAGUUUCAGUUCCGAGGGACGAGAUUGAGAAAUACUUCAAAGAAUUGGGCGAAUUAGAGAAGAUUCUACUUUUUCGGGGCGAAAUCGUGAAAUAAAAAAAACUGUAGAGCAGGGCGUGCCGCCAAAGUAGAAUGGUUGGUUUUACUUUUUCGACUGACUUCAAAGCCCGAGUUUGGGAGCAAAGAAGGGAAAGUCCUCCUGCACUUGAAGACGGCAUUUGUGGGCUCUGAGAUUUUUCUUAGGAAGAGAAGAUAGAUUUGGGGUGGCAUUUGGUCUCAAAGUGUACCGUCCGAUCCCAGGACGAAUGGCUGCUCCUGGAAGACCCGGAAAUAACACCGGGGCUCGGGUUUCUUAACAGUUUUAGACUAGUCGGGAGGCACGGCUGGUUCCGGGAACCAACCAGGAGCGUGAGGAGGUAGGGAAGAACAAGACAUUUAGGUUGUAACUGUCAUUUGUACCGACAUUCAUAACUAGUAGGAGAUAUGUACUCUUUGUUUUUUUACAUUUUCUGAUGUAAUAUUUUUUGGGAGGUGUGUAAAUUGUAUCAUUGAUGAAAAUAUUCAAUUGCUCAUUGAUAUAUAUUUCUGUAGUUUCAUAA